AUUGAUAAUGAGGAUAAUUCACUCGAUCAUCGUCUGACCAUAUAACCAGUUGGUUCUAAUGAAACACUUUAUACAGUGAUCACAGACUUGACCUUGGUAACUAAAAAUACCGGCGAUCUUCACUCUUUAUCUCUUUGUGCCCCAAUUUCGACUACCGUCAUUGUGCAUAGAGCUGUUAAAUAAUGUAUCAUGGCCGCUGAAAAAAUACCUGUUGUUCCUAUACCAGGAACUCGUGGAAUUCCAAUGAUAGGACUUGGAACGUUCAAUGACUUUCAGAGAAGGGGAAGCAACGAUGACGUAAAAGAGGCUGUAAAAAUCGCCAUUGACUGUGGUUAUAGGAGUUUUGACACUGCAUACGCAUACCAAACCGAAUUAAUUGUUGGCGAAGUCAUCAAUGAAAAAAUCAAGGAGGGCGUGGUGAAAAGAGAAGAUGUCUUUAUCACAACCAAGCUCUGGAAUACUCACCACAACCCUGUACAUGUACGUGCCAACUUCUUGAAGUCCCACCAGAACCUUAACUGUGAAUAUGUUGAUUUGUAUCUUAUUCACUGGCCUUUUGGAUUCGAGGAUGACGCGACUGAGACCUUUCCUAUGGACGACAAAGGAUAUGCCAGAUUUUCUGAUCAUGACUACAUGGACGUAUGGACGGAAAUGGAAAAGUUGGUUGAUGAGGGCUUGGUGAAAGCAAUAGGACUUUCUAAUUUCAACAAAAGCCAAAUCGAGCGUGUCCUACAAAACUGCCGAAUUAAACCAUGCAACCUACAGAUUGAAGUCCAUCCGUACCUUUCAAACAAGAAACUGAUUGACUUUUGUUUUUCAAAAGACAUUUCAGUUACCGCUUAUGCUCCGCUUGGAAACCCAAACAGAUCUUGGGCUAAAGGAAAUGAACAUACCAUCUUUGAGGAACCCAUUUUAAAAGAUAUUGCAAAAAAGAAAAAUAAAUCAAUUGCACAGGUAUGUCUACGAUUCCUGCAUCAGAGAAAUAUCAUUGUGAUCCCGAAAAGCGUGACUCCACAUAGAAUCAAGGAGAAUAUUGAUAUUCUGGAUUUUGAUUUGUCUGAUGACGAAAUGAAAGCCAUUUGGAGUUUGGACAAAGGAGCAAGAGUUCUAGAAGAACCCACUGUUAUUACCAUAAAUAAGUUGAAUGUAAAUGUUUCAGAUUUAAUUGAAUGUUACUCAGAAGGACCUGUUUCGUGCAGCAUGGCGGCUGAAAAAGUUCCCGUUGUUCCAAUCACAGGAACUCGUGGAUAUCCUAUGAUAGGACUUGGGACGUUUACCAUCUUCGAGAAAAGAGGAAGUAACGAUGAAGUGUAUGAGGCUGUGAAGUGCGCUAUUGAUUGUGGUUAUAGAAGCAUAGAUUGCGCUUAUGUAUACCAGAAUGAGGAGUCAGUUGGUCAAGCUAUUAAUGACAAAAUUAAGGAGGGUGUUGUGAAAAGGGAAGAUCUGUUCAUCACUACAAAGCUCUGGGAUACGCACCACAACCCAGCACAUAUUCGAGAAAAUUUCUUUAAAUCUCUAAACAAGCUUAAUUGUGGAUAUUUGGAUCUAUACCUCGUCCACUGGCCUUUCGGUUUUGAGGAUGGGGAUGUGUGUUUUCCAAUGGGAGACGAUGGAAAGGCGAGAUUUUCUGACCAUGAUUACUUGGACGUAUGGAAGGAAAUGGAAAAGCUGGUUGAUGAAGGUUUGGUGAAAGCAAUAGGACUUUCUAAUUUCAACAUAAGCCAAAUUGAACGUGUCCUACAAAACUGCCGGAUUAAACCAGCCAAUCUUCAGAUUGAGGUCCAUCCAUAUCUUUCUAACAAGAAACUGAUUGACUUUUGUUCUUCAAAAGGAAUAUCGGUAACCGCCUAUGCACCGCUUGGAAACCCGAACAGAACUUGGGCGGACAGUAAAGAUCCAAUUAUCUUUGAUGAACCUGUUUUAAAAGAAAUCGCACAGAGGAAGAAAAAAACAAUUGCACAAGUAUGCCUAAGAUUUCUCCUACAACGAAACAUUAUUGUCAUCCCAAAAAGUGUGACUCCACAAAGGAUCAAGGAGAAUUUUGAUAUUCUUGAUUUUGAAUUAACCGAUGACGAAAUGAAAGCAAUCUUUGCCUUGGAUAGGGGAAAGAGAUUCUACGCCUUGGGAAUCGGCAUAGGCCAUAAGUAUUACCCAUUCAACGAUGAAUACUGAAGGAUUUGCCAUUAGUGUUACAAUU